AUGCUCUCUGGGGCUCGGCAGCUGGAGAGAAACGUUGACUCAGGAUGGUCAAAGCUGGGAAGGAAAAAAGCGAGGAGGGAAAGGAAUGAAGUGAAAGGAGCUGAGAGCCAGGCUGGAGAGCACAGACAGCCUGGUGACCUCUGAUGCAUGAAGGAUGAAGGAAGCAGACUAGUGACUAUGUGGACCGUCUGGGUGAUCAUCUUCUGGGUUUCAGCCGUCCUGAUCAGGGCUGCCCCACCUGUCUGUGACCUCCUGAGCGUCCUGAAAAAGGAGGAAGAAAACUGUGCUGAGAGACUGUCCCUGGAGGCGAGGAACAGGACACCUGAAAAUGAUCUGCUCCUGACAUCAGGCAGAUGUGCUGGAAUGUGGGAUAACAUGAGCUGCUGGCCUUCAUCAGCUGUGGGACAGACUGUCGAUGCCCCCUGCCCCAAAUUCUUCCAGAUGCUGACUGGGAAAAAAGGUUUCGUCUAUCGAAACUGUACCAGCGAGGGUUGGUCAGACCCCUAUCCAAGACCAGAUAUUGCUUGUGGCUACAAUGUCAAUGACACCACAAAUGAGAAAAGACGUGCCUAUUUCAUGACCCUGAAGACCAUGUACACCAUUGGAUACUGCACCUCCCUUGUGACGCUGACAAUAGCCUUAGUGGUCCUGGCCUCUUUAAGAAGACUUCGCUGUACGAGGAACUACAUCCACAUGCAUCUCUUCACGUCCUUCAUUCUGCGAGCCUCAUCUAACUUCAUCAAAGAUGCUGUUUUAUUCUCCUCUGAAGACACAAACUACUGUGAGGCAUACACGGCUGGAUGCAAGCUUACCAUGGUCUUCUUUCAGUAUUGCAUUAUGUCUAACUACAGCUGGCUUCUCGUGGAGGGACUGUACCUCCACACUCUUCUGGUAAUUUCCUUCUUCUCAGAAAGGAAGUUCUUCUGGUGGUUCAUCACCCUUGGAUGGGGUGCCCCAACUGUCUUUGUGGCUGCGUGGGCCACCGCGAGGCAACUCCAUGAAAACACCGGGUGUUGGAACAUUAACACUAAUGCCAAUACCUGGUGGAUCAUUAGAGGCCCUGUAGUUUUGUCUAUUUUUAUUAAUUUCAUUCUUUUCAUCAACAUUUUAAGAAUCCUGAUGAAGAAGCUCAGCUCACCUGAAAGACGGAGCAGCGAUUUCAACCAGUACAAGAGGCUUGCCAAGUCGACACUCCUCCUCAUCCCGCUCUUUGGGGUUCACUACAUCAUCUUUGCUUUCUUCCCCGAAGACACAAGUAGUGGCACAAUGGAAAUUCAGCUGUUUUUUGAAUUGGCUCUUGGAUCGUUCCAGGGUUUUUUCGUGGCUGUACUUUAUUGUUUUCUUAAUGGUGAGGUUCAGCUGGAAGUUCAGAGAAAAUGGAGGCAGUGGCACUUAAGCAAACACUUGCGUCAGCAUCUGAGCACCUCAGCAAGUAACGGAGGAAGUGGCUUAACUCAGGAGAUGCAGGUAGUGAAGUCGAGCCCACCACAGGACAGGAGAGCAACCCUCCAAAGAUCAAGCAUGCUUUAACACUUCACCCUUGAGGGAUAC